GACCACAUGAUAUUUUAUAAUCUCACCGUCCACCAUUUUACUACAAUGACAAACCAAAGAGACUAAAAAUAUAAGAAACAUCACAGCAUCUCCUUUUUCCUUUAUAAAUCACAAUCUCAUGAAUCUGAUCAAACACACCUGACUAGCCAGCUACACCACCUUUAUUCCCCCCACUUUUUCCCUUUUCCCUGAACCCAAACACAACCAAAAUGGUCUUGGUCUCCCAGGAAACUGUUCGAACUGCCUCUAAAUCCACUGAACCAUUUUCAAGUCCCAGGAUUUCUUUCUCUGCUGAAUUCCUGGAUGAGAAGAACUUCAUCUCCAUUAGCCAACCCCAGGGGGAGAAAGAUGGAGAAAUGGAGAUAGAGAUAGAUAAAGCAAGAAAUGUUGAAUUUGAGUUCCUGUCAAGUAAUGCAAGUAGCCAAACAAUGUUAACUGCAGAUGAGCUUUUCUUUGAUGGGAAGGUCCUUCCCUUUUGGCAAAUGAAGUAUGCAGAGAAGCUCAACAAGAUCAGUCUCAAAGGGAAAGACACUGAGGAAGAAGAGGUGGACAAGGAGGAGGAGGAGAGGAGGAGGGUGGGUUGGUUUGUUGAUGAUGACCCAUCUCCAAGGCCACCCAAGUGCACCGUCUUAUGGAAAGAGCUAUUAAGGUUGAGGAAGCAGCGCGCUUCUUCUUUAUCACCGUCUUCUUCUUCCUCAUCAUCUUCGUCUUCUUCGAGUGGCCUUGCAGAUGUAGCUGCAUCAGACGAGCGGAAGGAAAGCUCGAAGAACAGAGACAAGCCUGUGAAGAAGACAAAGAAAGGAUUGGAGAGGACAACAAGAUCAGCUAGUAUUAAAAUAAGGCCUAUGAUCAAUGUGCCAAUUUGCACACAGGUGAAGAGUAGUCAUGUCUUGCCACCUUUGUUUCCACUCAAAGAAGGAAAGAUCAGAGAGGGGAGGAUGAGAAAGUGGUAACCAAAUUUCCGUCUGAUAUCUGCAGAGUUGUCAUAUAUGUUCAUCAAGUCUUAUUUCUUUUAUCUCAUUAUAUAUGCUUCUGCUUUCGUGUUUAGAUUAAUGUUAAUGAUGGUGGCUCAGUGUGGAUCUGAUGACUGACAAUGUAAAUGCUGACAUUUCAAUUUUGUUGGAUGAUAUUAACAUUCAUUUUAGUUGCAUUGCUUAUACUCUCACCUUAGAAGCACAUUUAUCUGUCUCUCAUAGAUUAGGAGGGAAGUCUGAAGUGAGAAGUCAUGCCAGAUGCAGCA